GUUUCUCUGCCCUCAUUGGGGGCCGGACAUGCUUGCAUGUACAAAGCAUGUACAAAGUGCAAAGUCGAAGUGCGUGCAGCACAGUGUUGAUACGACAUAUCGCACACCGUGCAUGGUUUUCUCAUUCUCAUUCUCGUUCCCCCUUUCGUCUGGACUCGUACUCGGCCCCCCAGGCAAUACUGUACAGCACACGCCCGUUUGUUUGGAAUAGGGACUUUGUCGCCCCCCCGGCCGCAUUGAGAUGAGAGCCAGAGUCAUCUGACAUCGUGCCAACGGUCUAGCCGGAGGCAAAG